AUGAUUCAGCGCUGCCCUACUGUACGAUCAAUGAAGCCAGGCAGGCCCCUCCAUCCAUCGGACGACGCUCGCGACGUCGAUACCUCGUCGCCGCUGAUGUCUUCCUCCUCCUUCGACAACUCGCUGAUGAUCUACAUGAAGAACGAAGUUGGCGUGGCGAUCCCAAUAUAUGUGAAAACAAGCGACAAGGUGGAGAGGAUUUAUAUGGAGGCAGCGAACGCACCAGCAAUCAACCGUGGUUCACUACGUGGGAAAGCCUUCUACCACAACGGUACGAAUUCCGUGAUUAUUCAACGAUAUUCAAAGAGUGCAACACGUGAAUAUUAUGGAACUUCAGGGCGACGUCUCAGUCCACAUGAUCUCAUUGGCGACGUUGGAAUAGCGUUCUAUGACACCGUGCGAUUAAAGACGGUGGAAGAAUCACUGAGCGAGAAGGAGAUCAGACAACAAGAAGAGGACUACCCUCUAACGAACGACCACGAGGGGCCUAUCGAGUAG